UUCCUGUUUUGUGUGUUUUUUUUUAACAACACCGAAGGAGUUUGUGUUACAUGCUAUCACAUCAUGGAUAUUUUAAAAGCUGAAAUAGCGAGGAAAAGGAAGCUCCUCGAAGAAAAGGAGCUUGUUGGUGAGUCAAAGAAAUUCUUUAAACGCAGCGAGCUUGCCCGAAAAGAAGAAGAAUCCUAUUAUGAAAGAUGUGGUUAUAAGGUUGUUAAUGAGAAGCCAGCAGGAAAGUUGCAGCGAAAAGAAGAUGAGCCUGAACCAUCGACCUCCUCCAAUCCUGUAUUGGAACUUGAACUAACUGAAGAGAAGCUGCCCAUGACGCUUUCACGACAGGAGGUGAUCAGACGUCUGCGGGAAAGAGGAGAGCCCAUCCGAUUGUUUGGCGAGUCUGAUUACGAUGCCUUCCAAAGGCUAAGAAAAAUCGAGAUUUUAGCCCCCGAAGUCAACAAGGGUUUGCGAAAUGAUCUGAAGGCAGCUCUGGAUAAAAUAGACCAGCAGUAUCUCAAUGAAAUUGUAGGUGGUCAAGAACCAGGAGAGGAAGACACUCAAAAUGACCUGAAAGUCCAUGAAGAAAAUACCACCAUUGAAGAACUGGAGGCUUUAGGAGAAUCUCUUGGACAAGGUGAUGAUGAUAGAGACAUGGACAUUAUAACUAAGGUUCUAAAGUUUCUGCUUGGCGUGUGGGCAAAAGACCUGAAUGGCCGAGAGGAUUAUGUGAAGAGGAGUGUACAGGGGAAGCUGGCCAGCGCCACCCAGAAACAGACCGAGUCUUAUCUCAAGCCGCUUUUCAGGAAACUGCGCAAGAGAAAUCUCCCAGCAGACAUCAAAGAAUCAAUCACUGAUAUCAUCAAGUUCAUGUUGCAAAGAGAAUAUGUUAAGGCGAAUGAUGCCUAUCUUCAGAUGGCUAUUGGAAAUGCCCCAUGGCCUAUUGGUGUGACUAUGGUCGGCAUCCAUGCACGUACAGGUCGAGAAAAAAUCUUCUCCAAACAUGUGGCUCAUGUUCUUAACGAUGAAACUCAGAGAAAGUAUAUUCAGGGACUGAAAAGAUUGAUGACAAUUUGCCAAAAGCAUUUCCCAACAGACCCUUCUAAGUGUGUGGAGUACAAUGCCUUAUGACCUACUCUUCUAUACCAUUGAUUUCCUUUAUGAAACUGAAGACAUGGACUUCUAACAACAAAUGUGAUCUUGUUCAUGUUUUAUGUUAAUGUAAAUAUUUUUCUUCCUGGGGAGUGUUCCAUUACUAUUUUAUUUUCAUUUAUUCAGUUUAAUGUUGGAGACUUUUGUGUACUUGUAAUUUGGACUGAUUAUGACACCACUUAUCAAACCUCAACCCAGUUAAAAUUUUUAUUCAGCAGUCUUUUUCUGAUUGGUUCACAUUUUAAAGUGAACAGCUCUUGCCAGGAUGUGUAAGUUUUAUUAUGCAGUUCUAGGCUGAUGAUAUUUUUAUAGCUGUAUUUAACACUUUGGCCAGCAUGCGAAGUUAAAAUAUAAGUAAAUGUAAACUUUCAUUUUAAGCGUUCUGAUUCUUGUAAUGUUAUUUUUGCCAUAAAGCCGUUCAUUUAACCUACAGUAAAAUGUCUUUGAUCAUGUAAGUGUGCCUUAGAUGUGUUUUAUAGUUGUGGCAAAAUUUGAGAUAGUUAUUUUCAUGUCAAGAUCAGUAUAAAAAUGUCAUCUUGCAGUGGGUGGUCAUGGCUGUCAGCUCAGAUUUAUUUUAAGAAGCUAUGAAAGUGGUGAGUGGGUGGUGUAGGAGGAAUUUCAUUGAAAUACUCAUCAUCGGUUAUGCUUAUUAAAUCACUACUGACAGCAUGAAGACAAAAUGGGGUCAUCGUUCAGUAGAGGUUUAUUGCUUUAGAGAUUUAAAAACACAUUCUGAAAUCAGAAUUUUGAUUUUACUCAAAGUUUGUUUAGAUUCAGUUACACCAGCUAAAACACAGACACCAUGACACUCUAAGGACUUGAGAUAAUCUUCCAUUAAUCUUUAAUAACUGCAUGAAAUAAAAAACAUCUGGAAUUAAACUGUUGUCCAUAAACUGA